CUGACGCCGGAAGUUGACAUAUAGCAUCAUCAGAGAAGGUCGUGGAAAUAUCAACGUUUGCGAUUUGUUUCAGAAAGAGAUUGUUUCGCUUUUGGUCAUGACGACUCUGGACGAUAAGCUCCUGGGGGAGAAGCUGCAGUACUACUACAGCAGCAGUGAGGAUGAGGAGAGCGAUCAUGAGGAAGAUGAAGGCCAGUCGAAAACCAUCAGGGAACAGGAAGUGCUGCAGACUGAGAUCGACUACAGUCCUGAUGGCACUGUCGUUAACACCGGUCCAAAAGGUGUGAUCAACGACUGGAGGAAGUAUAAACAGCUGGAGACGGAACAGCGAGCUGAGCAACAGAAGGAGAUGGAGCGACUGAUCAAGAAGCUCAGCAUGACCUGCAGAUCACAGCUGGAUGAAGAGCUGGACAAGCAGAAGCAGAAGGAGCUGCAGGACAAGAUCAAUGGCAAGGUGACGUUGCGAGUUGAUGAGGAGGAGGAGGAGGACGACGACGAUGACGAAGCCUUCCUCCAGCAGUACCGGCUGCAGCGUAUGGAGGAAAUGAGGCGGCAGCUGAGUGGUGGGCGUCGUUUUGAACGCGUCAUCUCCCUUUCCUCAGGCGAAGAGUUCCUGCGUGCGAUUGAUGAGGAGGGAAGAGGCACUCUAGUACUGGUGCACAUCUUCGAGCCCGACGUGCCUGCCUGCCAGGCCAUGGAGGGAAGCCUGAUUUGUCUCGCUCUGCAAUACCCAGAGGUGAAGUUCUGUGCAGCGCAGGGCUCAGUGCUGGGCACCAGUGCUCUGUUUCGCAGCUCGGCGCUGCCCGCACUGCUGCUGUACCGUGGUGGCGAUCUGGUGGGCAACCUGGUACGUGUGUCUGACCAGCUGGGUGAUGACUUCUACGCCACUGAUGUGGAGGCACUGCUGCAGGAGUACGGCCUGCUCCCUGAGAAAAACACACACACAACCACACAUUCAUCCAUCCGCACCGGCAACACCAACGACUCCGACAGUGACCUGGAUAUAGACUAAAGAAGGAAAAAAAGAAUACGUACGCAGUUCUGUAUAAUAGCUCGUUACUGACCUGAAAUGAAUAAAGCCAGUCACAUCUGUACACACACUCAACCCUCUAGCAAUUUUCACAGUGGCCUGGAUGUGGACUAUACACACUUAGUGUGUAUACAAACACCGGCAACUGCAUAAUAGGUCAUGAGCGUUUGAUGUGACCAAAACAAAUCGUAGAUGGAUGGAGACACACUCCUUUGUUCUGAUCCUUGCUGAAUAAUGUGACUUUAAUUAGCGGACCUGGUUUACUUGUACAGAAUUUUGUACAAAACUUAAUUCACUGGACCAAAAAAAAACAACAGGAUGUUCAGGUGUGUGUGUGUAGUGUGGUGUAGACAGAGAUGGGAAUAUAUGAGGGUUUUGUCAGUGUGUACAUUUUGCAUGUCCUCUCAAACCCAACAUUUUCUUUUGGGUACCAAGGUAAAAGUUAGCCAUGGCAUUGUUUAUCUCCAGAAAUACACCAGUCAAUGAAAAACCCUAAGAGAUGAUAUGAGGCUGUUUCAGCAUGUAGUCAUUAUCAGAAACUUAAGUUUAUUUUAAUAUGAACGCUUUCGUUUGUGCAUUUAUGCAAUCCUGGGGGCAGAAGAAGUCAGACGUCAUCUGUGUGUAACUAUUUAUUCUAGUUUUAGCUGAAUGUGCAUUUGUUUGUUUCAGCCUGCAUUGUUUUAGCUUUAAAUGGGAAUUCUGUCUCUGACAUCUGUUAUUUUUCUACAUUUUAUAACCGUCUCUUCUGUCAACAAAAUAAAAUGAAAAAAAAACUUA